CGAGAAGUUCAGCCCCGCGGGGCCCGUGCUGUCCAUCCGCGUGUGUCGCGAUAUGAUCACCCGCCGCUCCCUCGGUUACGCCUACGUCAACUUCCAGCAGCCCGCUGACGGUCUUUAUUACCUAGUGACACAAGCGAGAGCACAGAGGUCUGCAGAGCAGCUGAUAAAACUCCUUGUGCUGAGCUUCUGCGAGUGACUCCUGGUGCGUGGUAUGUCUGUGCUGCUCAGCCACACGGCCAUCUCCAGCACUGUGUUAGCCCUGUGUCAGGGAGCCUAGCCUGCAGGUGAGAAUCAUUACUUUGAGGCCUAAGGCAAGCUUCAAGGAAUGCUCAUAUAUUGGUUUUCCCUGUCCAAAAGGCACUUGAAGAAGAAUGGAGAAAGCCUGGAAGAGACUCAGUGUGUGUGCAGUGUUGGGUUUGAGUUGCAGUCCAGCCUGCUGGGAGGAUGACAGGAACCAGUGGGAGAGAAACAGAUACAGGAGCUGAAAUGGCUGAAGCUGAACGUGCUCUAGACACCAUGAACUUCGAUGUGAUCAAAGGGAAGCCCAUUCGCAUUAUGUGGUCUCAGAGGGACCCCUCGUUGAGGAAGUCAGGGGUUGGGAACGUCUUCAUUAAGAACCUGGACAAAUCCAUUGAUAACAAGGCACUUUAUGACACGUUCUCAGCGUUUGGGAAUAUUUUGUCCUGCAAGGUGGUGUGUGAUGAGAAUGGCUCUAAGGGCUACGCAUUUGUGCACUUUGAGACCCAGGAUGCUGCAGAUAGAGCCAUCGAGAAGAUGAACGGCAUGCUGCUAAACGACCGCAAAGUAUUUGUUGGGAGAUUCAAGUCUCGUAAAGAGCGGGAGGCUGAGCUGGGAGCCAAGGCAAAGGAAUUCACCAACGUUUAUAUUAAGAACUUUGGGGAUGACAUGGAUGAUGAAAGACUAAAGGAACUCUUCAGUAAAUAUGGUAAGACUCUGAGUGUUAAAGUGAUGACAGACCCCACUGGAAAAUCCAAAGGCUUUGGCUUUGUAAGCUUUGAAAAGCAUGAAGAUGCUAACAAGGCAGUGGAAGAAAUGAAUGGGAAGGAUAUCAAUGGGAAAAUGGUGUUUGUAGGCCGAGCACAGAAGAAGGUGGAGCGCCAGGCAGAGCUGAAAAGGAGAUUUGAACAGCUAAAACAAGAGAGAAUCAGCCGGUACCAGGGAGUUAACCUAUACAUUAAAAACCUAGAUGACACUAUAGAUGAUGAAAAACUGAGGAAGGAAUUCUCACCUUUUGGGUCAAUAACAAGUGCAAAGGUGAUGCUGGAAGAUGGACGGAGCAAAGGAUUUGGCUUUGUCUGCUUUUCCUCUCCAGAGGAAGCUACGAAAGCUGUGACAGAGAUGAAUGGUCGAAUAGUGGGCUCAAAGCCACUCUAUGUUGCACUUGCACAAAGGAAAGAAGAGCGGAAGGCUCAUCUAACUAAUCAGUACAUGCAGCGCAUUGCUGGCAUGAGAGCCUUGCCAGCCAACACAAUCAUUAAUCAGUUCCAGCCUGCUGCUGGCGGUUAUUUCAUGCCUGCUGUGCCCCAGGCUCAGAGCAGACCCACUUACUAUGCACCCAAUCAGAUGGCACAGAUGAGACCCAACCCGCGCUGGCAGCAAGGAGGAAGACCUCAAGGCUUCCAGGGAAUGCCAAGCGCCAUGCGCCAGUCUGGGCCACGGCCAGCCCUGCGCCACCUGGCCCCUGCUGGCACUGCUCCUGUCUCUCGUGGCCUCCCUGUUUCUGCCCAGCGAGUCGGUGUUACCACUGCAGGACAGAACUUGGCUCCUCGUCCACCUGUAGCUGCUCCUGCUCCCAGAGCAGUUCCCCCUUAUAAAUAUGCCUCAAGUGUCCGCAGCCCACAUCCACCUGUACAACCUUUGCAGGCACCUCAGCCUGCAGUACACGUGCAGGGACAGGAGCCACUAACAGCCUCCAUGCUGGCUGCUGCCCCUCCCCAGGAGCAGAAACAGAUGCUGGGAGAACGUUUGUUCCCUCUUAUUCAAGCUAUGCAUCCCAGCCUCGCAGGGAAGAUCACAGGGAUGUUGCUGGAGAUUGACAACUCAGAGCUGUUGCACAUGCUGGAGUCUCCAGAGUCCCUCCGGUCAAAGGUGGAGGAGGCUGUCGCAGUGUUGCAGGCUCACCAAGCCAAGAAAGAAGCUGCCCAGAAGGUGGGUGUGGUUGCUGCUACCUCUUAAGCCAGGAAGACUGGUGAGUGUCUCAGUCCUCGGCUUUGAUUAAAAGCUUCCAGGAUUGGUAAAUAAAGCAAGGCAGUCACUGAGUGUUCUUGGUCUGGGAGGCUUAUGUUGGUUUGGGAGCGGCGCCUGUCUGAUUUUAGCCAGUUCUUCAAAAAUCUGUUUAAUUAAGCAUUGGAAAGAUGAUGCGUGAAUUGCUGAAGUGUUCCUGCUGGGAGGUCAUGGAAGUACAGCAGAUUGAGAUGAGUCGUGUGCCAGUGCUGAUCUAGGAGAUAAAAUGACGUGCAAGAUGUUCUGGAGACUUCAGGGUGAAGUGCUGUGCUGGUGCCAUUGCUCGUCCUGCAGUCAUCUGCCUGCAGCGUGCAUCAGAGGCUGCUGCCAGCAGAGCCAUUCCUGGUGCAGCUCUGCCCAAACAAAUGCUGUCUCCUGUGUCCAGCUCCAGACGCCUAGAGAAGGCUUUUAUUUCCCAGUACCAGGCAGGUAACGUCUUCCUCCUUUUCCUGCAGGAUGCAAAGAAGCCAAAUAGCCCCUGCCAGGUGUCAGCUCUGCAGAUUCUGCACUGUGCUGCAGGACUCAGGGCCGUGCGCCACGUCGCGUAGUUACCCUGCAUUUUAUAAACCAAUCCUUAAACUCUUACCAAGCCGACUCUGCGCAGCUCUAGAUUUCCAAAACCAGAAUUGAGUUCGCAAGCUUUUCCCUUGUGUCACAGCAGGGUUACCGCUUGUCUUUUCGAAGCGCAACAUCGAGGAUUUCCAGUUAAAGCAUUUUGUGGUUUUGAUUUUAACUCGAAGUCCAGUGUGGAAAGUUCUGAAAGUCUUUUGUCAAUAAAGGAAUAAAAUCUU